AGUGCAACCUACCAGAGUGCCUCUAGUCCGUGGUGCAUAGUCCUGGGCAGUCCCACACACACAGUCUCCUGCGGCCUCAACAUGAGCUCUUCGAAGUUUGUUUGUGUAGUGACUCUGCUCUUAGGACUGCUUCACCUCCAACCCGGCGGGACCCGCGUGUCCACGGAGGUUCCCAAGGGCCCUCUGUAUCGGGCCGUCGGCCAUCAGCUCAGCAUCCCCUGCCAUGUGAGGGGCAUUAACGACAGCGCGAGCUGGAUCGAGUUCGAGUUCCGUAUGGCACACGAGGGAACUAAUCAUGACAUCAUCAGCACCAGAGAUCCAAACCAUGGGGAUGUCCUCUUUAGUGACCGUGUGCGCACCAAGACAAUCAGCGUGGAGCGCAGGGACCCCACCUCGGUGGUGUUCACCAUCACCGAUCUGAAGGCGAGCGACGAGGGGGAGUACGAGUGUGCUGUGGUGAACCAGGAAGGCAGCUACGAUGGAGACUACUCUGCCAAGAUCAUCGUGAAAGUGAUUAAAGACACCCUGAGAGUCUCCUCCCUGGCCCCCACCUCGCUGAGCCUGGAGGAAGGCGACGCGCUCACUCUAAUUGUCAAGGCCUCAAGCGACACCGUCCAGAGAACAAACCGGUCGGUCACCUGGUACCUCCAACCGGACGGGGAAAAGCACCCCCACCCGAUCGUCUCCCUGGACCGGGACCUGACCCAGAGUCCCGGGCCGAGGUUCAGAGAACGCUACGGAGCCGGGGGCGUUCAGCUGGUCAAAGUGGGCGAGGACACGUACAAGCUGAACAUAGCCAAAGUAGAACUGUUGGACCAGGGAGUGGUCUACUGCCAGGCUGUGGAGUGGAUCGAGGGCCCUGACGGACACAGGAACCCAAUCUCCUCGAAGCUCUCAGAGAAAACCCCUGUGAAGGUCAAAGCUAAAGGCAACGAGAGGGCAUCCUCAGGCUCUGGACCUUCUCCAGGGGUCCUUCCAGGCAUCCUCACAUAUCUGAUCGCGUUGGUCCUACUGGCGUUGGUCUGGUGAUGACGAUACAAGGCCAAGGAGAUGGACAUCCCCCUGAAGUCCCAGCCCACCCUGGAGGACUGAAGGAGAGGAGGAGAGGAAGGGAAGCAGUAGGGGAGGAGAAGGAGAGCAGGGGGUAAAGGAGAGAGGAGAGGAGAGUGUAGAGCAGGGAGUAAAAGUGAGUUAGUUAGUUAGUUGUCCCCUUAGGGAAAUUCUUUUUCAGUUUCCUUCAUUCAUUUCUCAUCAUCAUUUCUCGUCAUAGGCACAUUAAGAACACACAUAAGACAUUUAUAGAGUUGACAUUGAUGACGGACAUACAUUGGGGUUCGGUACAGGGGGAUACAUACAUUGUUAAAUACAUUAUCUGUGGGGCUUUGCUUUGUUCAGGAAUGGGAUGGCGGAUGGGGGGGGGGUCAGGCCUCUGCUGAAACAGGCUUUGUUGCAUCAUAUCUCCGUUCUACAUGGAGAUGAGGGAGUAAAGGAGAGAGGAGACGGAGAGGAGGGAGUGAAGGAGAGAGGAGAGGGAGAGGAGGGAGUGAAGGAGAGAGGAGAGGAGAGCAGGGAAUAUUGGAGAGAUGGGAAAAAAGAGGUUGUGUAGCAUCUUAUCCUAGCUUUGUUUUUUGUAUGCGGGAAUGGCUAAACCUAGCAAUUGUUAGUUAUUGGCACAUGGCUCUAUGAACAUCCUAACAUCCUGUACCGACAGCGAUACAUUGUUUCUAUUUCUUCUGACAAAUGCACUGAUUAUAAGCCGCUUUUGAUAAAAAGUGUUUGAGCUCGCUGCCUUGAAUGUAAAUGUAAGGGGGGCAAUAAUUUCCCUCAACAAUGACAAAUGCAUCUACUAUUAGUUGAAUUGUUCAACUCGUAAAGACCAUAACUUUUACAUUCAUGGCAAUAAAUAAAACAAGUUUGUUGAAAAUGUAUCACUCCAGACCCC